GCCAUUUCAUUUCGUUGAAUGCCUUCACUGCUCUCCGUUACUCUCUCUCCGCAGGGUGGCGACUGACUGGCGAAACGGUAGGGGAGGAGAAGCAGGGAGAGAGCGAAGGAGAGCGGCAGCAAUGAAGGAUGAGUCAGCUACGAUACAUCUAGGAAACACAUUUACCUGUUUUACUAUGUAGCGACACACGGAAACGCUCGCUACCUAUUCCCUGAAUGCAGGAUUCGACGUAUAGUUUAUCUGCUACAACAGCGAUACGUUGUUUCUUCACAUAGCCACCUUACUCGCCGCCUCGACGGGCUAUUUUCUAUCGCCAUCUCGGCGUACUCAAUGUCAGCGCUUUGGCAAGAACCUCCGUGUCGAUAUAACGAUUCGUUUCAUUCAGAGAUUUGAAAAUUGUCGCGUCUGGGCGUCUGUUCUGCUCGUCUUUUGUCCACAACAGCCACCGCAACCAUGUCAGGACAGAGCAUUACAGACAGGAUAACCGCGGCUCAGCACAGCGUCACGGGAUCAGCCGUCUCCAAAACAGUAUGCAAGGCGACCACGCACGAAAUCAUGGGGCCCAAGAAGAAACACUUGGACUACCUGAUCCACUGUACCAAUGAGAUGAAUGUCAACAUCCCCCAGCUGGCCGACUCCCUGUUUGAGCGCACCACUAACACCAGCUGGGUGGUUGUCUUCAAAUCCCUCAUCACCACACACCACCUCAUGGUGUACGGCAACGAGCGGUUUGUCCAGUAUCUGGCCUCCAGGAACACUUUAUUCAACCUCAGCAACUUCCUGGACAAGAGUGGACUACAAGGUGCCACACUGCACGGUUAUGACAUGUCCACAUUUAUCCGUCGCUACAGCCGCUAUCUGAAUGAGAAGGCCGUCUCCUACCGCCAGGUGGCAUUCGACUUCACCAAAGUCAAGCGCGGGGUGGACGGUGUCAUGCGUACGAUGAACACAGAGAAGCUGCUGAAGACCAUUCCCAUCAUUCAGAACCAGAUGGAUGCUCUACUGGACUUUAACGUUAAUGCUAACGAGCUAACUAACGGCGUAAUCAAUGCUGCGUUCAUGCUGCUCUUCAAAGACUCAAUCAGGCUCUUUGCCGCUUACAAUGAAGGGAUCAUCAACCUACUAGAGAAGUACUUCGACAUGAAGAAGGUCCAGUGUAAAGAGGGCCUGGACAUCUACAAGAAGUUCCUGACCAGGAUGACACGCAUCUCAGAGUUCCUCAAGGUGGCAGAGCAAGUGGGCAUCGAUCGAGGGGACAUCCCAGACCUGUCUCAGGCCCCCAGUAGUCUGCUGGAUGCUUUAGAGCAGCACCUGGCCUCCCUGGAGGGAAAGAAGGUGAAGGACUCUACUGCUGCCAGCAGAGCCAGCACCCUGUCCAAUGCGGUGUCGUCCCUGGCCAGUACAGGCAUGUCCUUCACUAAAGUUGACGAGCGCGAGAAGCAGGCCGCUCUGGAGGAGGAACAGGCGAGACUCAAGGCCCUCAAGGAGCAGAGGCUAAAGGAGCUGUCUAAGCGGCCAUCUUUCGGCACUACAGAUGCGUCUCCCGUUUCCACCACCGGGGGCACCAUCAGCACCGCGCCCGCCAUCGACCUCUUCUCCACACCCAGCUGUUCAAACGGUGCCCUGAAGAUGGAGAACGACCUCUUUGACCUUCAGACGACCUUCCAGGCCCAAGGGCAGCCGGGCGCCAGCGGAUGGGGAGAUCCGUUCUCUUCCUCCGACGGGGCGGUGGAGGAGGCGGUCCCCAACCUUAACCCUUUCCUAACCAAGCUGGUAGUAGAGGGGGUGGCCCCCGGCCCCGUAGGCUCCGUAGGGCCCGUAGUGUCCCCUGAUGGCCUCAAUGUGUCCAACAGGACCAGCGGCCAUGACAUGUUCUCUGACUCGUUUGGCACAGCAGGCAUGCACAUGCCCAUGCCCAACGCCUUGCCCUUCCAGGCUGAGCCCUCUUCAGUAGCUGGCCUAUAUAGAGGGUACCCCAUGGCCUCUGCCCCCCCUCCGCAGUCCUCCGCUCCCCUCAAGGUCGACUUCGAGUCUGUAUUCGGCUCCAAAGCAGGCGCCGGCUCAGAUGCAGAUGAUAUCCUGAAGCCCACCAUGAUUGGGUCAGCAUUAGGCCAUGUCCCCCACCUGCCAGAGAAGCUCGUAUCUGACGACCUCGACUCCUCGCUAGCAAACCUAGUCGGCAGUCUAGGGAUUGGAAAUGGCACCACGAAAAAUGACGUCCACUGGAGUCACCCGGGGGAGAAGAAGUUAACAGGGGGGAUGAACUGGCAACCUAAGGCCGCCCCCUCCACCACAUGGAACCCAGUAUCUAUGCCGCCCUCUGUCAUGGCGUUUCCUGCCACCACCCCCACAGGCAUGAUGGGAUACGGCAUGCCCCCCCAGCUGGGCUCCAUGGCAAUGAUGGGAGGGCCCCAGAUGAUGUACACGCAGCCCCCCAUACGGCCCUCCAACCCCUUUGGAGCUGUCUCCUCAGCACAGGCCUCUGCGGCCUCCAGUCCGUCCAGCCAAAGCCCCCUGCGUGGCUCUGGACUCCAGGACCCCUUUGCACAGCUCUCCCUCAAGGACUUCCUCUAGACGCACGCAUAGAUGCAGUUCAUGUAGCUGAGGCUGGAGGAUGAAGGAUGGACACCUCUCCUCUCCUGGCACCCACACCUUGCCCCCCCUUCCCCCCCAACCAGGAUCAUGACCCCUGACACCAACACCCCCACCCCCCCCCAGAGGAACACAGACACCACCCUACAGGACCACAGGACCCUCCCACCUCCCACAGAACAACUCUCCUCUCCUGACACUCUUUACAGAGGAACAACCCCCC